CUCCUUGGGAAGGUUCGGAGGUGGGGAAAAGGGAUUUUGGGAAGGGUCAAAGUGCAGGAAAAAUUUUAGGAAGGGUCCAAGUGCAGGAAAAGGGGAUUUCAGGCAUGGUAAAAAGUGCAGGAAAAAGGGAUUUUUAGAAGAACUAAGUGCAGGAAAGGGGAUUUUAGGAAGGGUAAAAGUGCGAGCAAAAGGAUUUUAGGAAGGGUAAAAAUGCCAGAAAAGGAUUUUAGAAGGGGUCAAAAUGCAAGAAAAGGGAUUUUAUGACAGCUCCGAGGAUGUUCCAGGCAGGAGAAAGGAUGUAAUCCAUCUCAGGCUGGGAAAAGCUUGGGAAUGGAGCAGCCCCACUCUGCCAUUUUUAAUUUCAUUAAGAAUUAUGUGCCAUUAAAAGUGGAGAUUCAACCCCAGAGUUCCCACAGCUGCAAUUUUUUUCCCCCUCGUGUUUGGUGAUUUUAAAGCCCCCGUUUGCCUUGGAUUUGGCUUUUCCCACCCUGGAUAACAAUCUCAGCCCAUUUUGUGGGCUGUUUAUCCAAAUUAAAGGCAUUUCUCACCUCCCUCUGGAUCCCCCUGGAUUGGGAUAGAGGUGCCUCAAUCCUGUUUUUUCCUGACUCCUGAGGGGCUUUUUUUGGACAUCCAGGUGCCUUUUCCAUGAGGUGGGAGGCUGGAAUUUGGCCUGGAGGGAGCAGAUUCCUUUGGGAUCAGCCAGAAUCUGGAAACUGAGGAAAUCUGAGGAAUUUAUCACAGAGGGUUUGAGGGAUGCCCAAGAAAUUCCAGGGGGAGAACAGCAAGUCGGCGGCGGCGCGUGCCCGCAGGGCCGAGGCCAAGGCGGCGGCAGAGGCGCGGCGGCAGCAGGAGCUGGAGGAUGAGCUCUGGAAGGACGAGGACAAACACGUCCUGAGGAAGGAGCAGAGGAAGGAGGAGCGGGAGAAGCGGCGCCUGGAGCAGGUGGAACGCCGGAAGGAGCUGCAGCGGCUGCUGGAGGAGGAGGAUUCCAAACUCAAAGGAAAAACUCCCAAGCAGGGAAAUCCCGGGAAAAUCACCCGGGCCCAGAUUGAGGAGAAUGUCCGCAAGGAGCAGCAGCAGAAGGAAAAUGCGGAUGCAGCAGUGGAGAAGGAGAAAUCCCACCUGGAAUUGCCUCUGGAGGAGAACCUGAACCGGCGCGUGCCCGAGGAGGGCGCGGUGGAGGCACGCAGCAUCGAGGACGCCAUCGCAGCCCUCAGCGUCUCCCAGCCCCUGGAGCGUCACCCCGAGCGCCGGCUCCGCGCCGCCUUCGCUGCCUUCGAGGAGCUGCAGCUGCCACGCCUCAAGCGGGACAAUCCCAACAUGCGGCUGAGCCAGCUCCGGCAGCUGCUCAAGAAGGAGUGGAUGAAAUCCCCGGAAAACCCCAUGAACCAGCGGCACAAGGCCUACAACAGCCACAAAUAGGACUGGUGCCCUCCCGGACUGGGAUUCUCCCCACGGAAAAUUAUUCCCGUGUGGGUUUUGCAUUUUUUUUCCUCCCUCUCUCCAUGGAUUUUGGGCCAGCUCGAGGUCAGACUGAUGGCACCUCCUCCUUCCCAAAAUCCCCUGGAAAAAGCAGCUCCUGGGAUGUCCUUGGCAUUCCCUCCUUAGAAUUCUGGAGCCACCAUGGCCAAAACGCUCCCGGAUGUGACCCCGAUGAGGUUCCAGACCCUGGGUCUCCCUUGGGUGUCCCUGCUGCCAUUUCCUUUGGGAUUAGGAUAUCCCUGAAGUCCCUGGUCCCAUUUCCUGUGGGAUUGGUCUGUCCCUGAAAUCUCUGCUCCUAUUUCCUUUGGGAUUCAGAUAUCCCUACUCCCAUUUCCUUUGGGAUUGGGGCCAUUCACUUUGUAAUUGGGCUGUCCCUGAAAUCCCUGGUCCCAUUCCCUUGGGAUAUUCUUGGUCCUGUUUCCUUUGGGAUUGAGUUAUCCCUGCUCCCAUUUCCUUUGGGACUGGCAUAACCCUGCUCCCAUUCCCUUUGCAUUGUGGCUGUUCCCUUUGGGACUGGGAUAUCCCUGAAAUCCCCAGUGCCAUUCCUUUUGGGACUGGGGCUAUCCUUGGUCCUAUUUCCUUUGGGAUUUGGGGCAGAAGCAUUGGGAAGAGGGAAAAUCCCUCAGGGAGGAAUGGGAAAAGCCUUUCCUGCACUGGACAGCAGUGCCAGGCAGCUCCAGGUGACGUUCCCUGGAAAAAGCAGCUCCCACGCUGUCCCUGGUAGAAUUCUGGAGCCACCACGUGGAGAACACUCCCUCAGUGUCCCCAAAGAUUCCAGGCCAAGAUCGCUGCUCCAGUCUCUGGAUUUUGGGAGUAGGAGGGUUGGGAAGAGGGGAAAUCAUCCGUCAGAAAGGAAUGGGAGAAGCCAUCCCUCAGCCUGAUUCCCACUAUUCCUGAGGGGGGUCAGCAGUGCCAGGUGGCUCCAGGUGACAUUCCCGCCAUCCCCUGGAAUGCUGGAGCACCAAAUCUGCCCGGAGAAGGAAAAAUCCUGCUUUUCCCAACGCUUUUCCCAUUUCCUGACCCUGGACUGAGGAGCCUCAGGAAGGGGAGGUGCCCGGGGCUCCCUGUGGGAAGACUGGGUCAGAUCCCUGAGCUGCCUGGGGAAUGCUCGAAUCCUCAGGAAUGCAAAUCCUGGAUUUUCCUCUCUUUUCCCUGUCCUUUGGGAAUGAAAUUCCUUUCCAGCAAUCGGCCUGGAGGUGCCUCCGGGCUUCUCCAAAUCCCGUGGGAUUCAUCCAGGUUCAUCCUUGUCCCUCUUUUUGGGGCUGCCCUCCCUGGGCUGGGCUCUGUUCCUGCAUCCCAGAAUUCCCAAAUCCAGCCAGGGAGGAAUGACAACCCCCAACCCACUCCACCCCUUUCUGUGAGUUUAGUGUGUUUGAAUCCAAUUAAAAAUUAAGAAAAAAAAAAAAAUCCAGUUAAA